AUGGCAGAGGAGAAGACCUUCCGCUACGGCUUCAUCAUCCUGGGCUUCUUCCUGGUGAUGCUGGGCAUGUUCAUCAUGAGCAUGGAAAAGCCCCAGUACUACAUCACCUUCUGUGUCCUGGGCGUGCUGCUGGUGGCCGUGGGCAUCACAUGGAGCAUGUGCCAGUGCUACCCAAAGAUUACGUUCGUCCCUGCGGACCUCGAGGCCGAGCGGUUCCUGGACCACAAAGCCACGGUGCUGCCCCACAAGGACACAGGCUUGGUUUCCCCGUGCCCCAGCCCAGAGGCCAGCAGCCCCUACGAGAAGAGCCUGCCCUCCUACGAGCAGGUCCAGCGGCAGGAGGGGAGCUCGGCCCCGGCCCCAGCCCGGGCACAGCCCCCCCGGCCCCGGAGCUGCUCCCAGCCAUCCCUGCAGGCCACGGCAGAGAUCCACCGGGAGCUGCACCACGGGGCUGGGGAGCCCCUCCAGGAGCUGCCGUCCCGCCGGGAAACAGCACCUGGCAGCUGCCCCGGCCCGGGCGAUGCUCCGCUGGCGUCCCUGCUGGAGGAGAUGGACACGCCAUCGCUGGAGGGCUCCGUGCCCGGCAGCCCCGCGCCGCAGAGCCGCAACCCGCCCUGCUCCAGCCCUCCCGGCCGCCCGGAGCGGGGAGAGCAGCCCCGAGCCCCCCGGAAAGGCGCCGGCAGGGAGGAUGAGCUCUACUACGGGCUCCAGGAGGAGCCGGAUGCUCUGCUCAAGGAGAGCGACGGCCUGUCCGAGCCUGAGAACUGA